AUGGCGACGGCUGGGGCCCCGCGGCGCUUCUGCCGCUGUGCCUGCUUCUGCUCCGAGAACCUGUACGUGGCGCGUUACGGGCUGCACGUGCGCUUCCGGGGCGAGCAGCAGCUGCGCCGAGACUACGGCCCGAUCCUGCGCAGCCGCGGCUGUGUCAACACCCAAGACUUCCGGCAGCUGUUAGCAGAGCUUGAGCAGGAGGUGGAGCGGCGGCAGCGGCUGGGGCAGGAGUCGGCUGCCAGGAAAGCUCUCAUCGUGAGCUCCUACCACCCUCUGAAGCCUGACAUCUACAACUCACUGCAGGAUGAAGCUUUGGCUCCCAAGUUUCUGGCUGCAGCUGAGUACAGCACAUUCCCAGGUGCAGACCUCGAGGGCCUUCUCCAGCGGCUAGAGACAGUAUCAGAGGAGAAGCGCAUCUACCGGGUGCCUGUGUUCACAGCACCAUUCUGCCAGGCCCUGCUGGAGGAGCUGGAGCACUUUGAGCAGUCAGACAUGCCCAAGGGAAGGCCCAACACCAUGAACAACUAUGGGGUGCUGCUACAUGAGCUAGGCCUGGAUGAGCCGCUGGUGACGCCCCUGCGGGAACGAUUUCUGCAACCACUGAUGGCCCUGCUGUACCCAGACUGUGGUGGGGGCUGUCUGGAUAGUCACCGUGCCUUUGUGGUCAAAUAUGCGCUGGGCCAGGACCGUGAGCUGGGCUGCCACUAUGAUAACGCUGAGCUCACCCUCAACGUGGCCCUGGGCAAGACCUUCACUGGGGGUGCCCUCUACUUCGGAGGCCUCUUCCAGGCACCUGCAUCCCUGACGGAGCCCCUGGAAGUGGAGCAUGUGGUGGGCUGCGGCAUCCUGCACCGGGGUGGCCAGCUGCACGGGGCCCGGCCCCUGGGAACCGGUGAGCGCUGGAACCUCGUCGUCUGGCUCCGGGCCUCUGCUGUGCGUAACCAACUCUGCCCCAUGUGCUGCCGGAAGCCUGACCUGGUGGAUGACGAGGGCUAUGGUGAUGGCUUCACCCGAGAGGAGCCCACCAUGGUGGAUGUGUGUGCACUGACUUGAGCCUGGGUUGGCCCAGUGUGGGAGGUGGCACGGCAGAUGAGGAUUCUGCCACCUUCGAUGGGGAGGGGCAGAAAUAAACUGCAGUCCACAGUGAUUCUUGGUUCAAAAGGACAUGCCAGCUUCUGGGUUAUUCUUUCCGCAGACAGGCUGGCUUAAUUCAGGUUUGUUGGAAGCAGAGCCUGAUAUGGCAUUCCCGGAGGGAGUAUCCUCAGGAGGAGAGUGAAGGAGCAGGAGAGGGCUUGGGGAGCAGCUGGGUAAAGAUGUGGUUUCAGAUGAAGUCCAGCCUCUGCCUGACCCCAUGGAGAAUCUGGAGCAUGAAUCUACCACAAUUUGCCCCCAGCAGCAGUUAGUGGCUGUGGGUUGGGUGGGGCAGGGCGACAGAGAGGGGUGAGUAACUAACUUCCCGACAUCUAUCUCCAGGGCAGGGUGUCCCCCAGUGACCAAGGGAAGCUUCCAGAGAAGAGUAUAGGUGUGAAUUGUCAGCAUUGGACACCGCUGCUGGGGGAUUUGGGUGGGCCACUAGUGUCUUCUAGAUGGGUGUUGGCUUAUUGCAGACGCGCUAAGAUCAGGGACUGGAGCCAGACUGGGUUCAAAUUCUGGUUCUGCUUCUUAAACUGUGUAGUUGUGAAUUAGAAACUUAACCUCUGUGCCUUAGUUUCCUCGUCUGGAAAGUGCCUACCUCCAAGAGCUGUUGUGAGAAACAAGUGAGUUAACAUUUAUAAAGUGCUUUAUAACAGC